AUGAAUCGAUCUGUUAUUUAUCUUCUUGAUCUACCAAACGAAAUCUUAAUACACAUUUUAAGUAAACUCAACAAUAUCGACGUUCUUUAUUCAUUAUUUGGUAUUAAGAAUGAACGACUUGACAGUAUAACACGACAGAAGAUUUAUUCAAAUAUUCUCAAUUUUGCAUCAAUUAUUGAUAAGACAACAAUUAUUGAUCGUUUUUGUAUAGAUAUAUUACCUCAAAUUUCUUCUAAUAUUAAAUAUCUGAUUGUUGAUUCAGCAUCAAUGGAACGCAUUCUACUCGCUAGUCAUUAUCCAAAUUUGAAUGAAUUAAAGAUUUGUAAUUUUCGACCUAAAAGUUUAUUACAUAAUUUAACAGACAAUCCAUCGUUUCGAUAUAUUUUGAAAGAACAGAUAAUAAAACUUGAAUUUAUGAAUAUGGACGUUAUUGGUGAAGAAAGAUCAUCAAAAGAAUAUACAAAGAUAGUUUAUGCACAUAUUUUGACUUAUUUUGAAAAAUUAGAGCAUUUCAGUGUGGGUCCACGAACAAUGUUUGGAUAUCCAUGUUUAUCUAUUUGUUAUUUACCGUUGAAUGCAUGUUCUUCAUCAGUUCUUACUUAUUUAUCUAUUAAUGUGAGAACCUUUACUGAUUGUCUUUGUUUACUUGAUGGUCGUCUUAAACAAUUGAAUACAUUCAUUGUUCAAGUUUAUACAAUGAAGACGGAUCUAUCACUUGUUCACAAUUUGGAUGCUUUACCUAAUCUCAAGUGUUUCUCAUUUAUAUAUUAUGGUUUAAUUGAAGUAUAUGAUGGUCAAAUUGUAUCUCUUCUUCGUCGUAUGUUAUAUCUGGAAAAAUUAACAUUAUGUAUUCGUAUUUCUUAUCAAGAUGCAUUCAUCGAUCCAAUUUCUCUUCUGAAUGAAUUUUCUUUACAUAUGUCACGACUUAAGUCAUUCAAAUUUUCUAUUAGUACUGAAAACAAGAAGGAUGAUUUAGUACAUUAUUUGUCCAGCAAUUAUAUUAAACGAAAUUCCAUGAAUGCAGGACACGAAGAAGUGGCAAAUAUUGUUUGUUCGCUUGGUAUGAGCGUUAUAAAUAAUGUCUUUACGAUUCCUUUCGAGUUUGCCAAGCUCGUGUCUAUUGGCAAUAAAUUUCCAAAUAUUAUAUUUAAUAAUGUCAACGAGUUAUGGGUACGUGAUGAAGUUCGAUUUGAACACAAUUUCUUUCUACGAAUAGCUCAAGCUUUUCCAUUAUUAAAAUCUCUUCAUGUUUCCGAUAUUGAACGACUCCGAAGUGAUGAUGAUGCGAAUAAAUUAUCUGAUAAUAUUCAAUUACAUCAAAUCGUUGUAUAUCCUCAUCUUAGUUUUCUUAGUAUUGACAUGGAAGGUACUUAUUAUGUGGAACAAUUUUUAAAUGAAACCAAAACACAUCUACCUUGUCUAGAUCAAUUAAAUCUUUCAAAAUAUGAAGAUUUAAGAAUUGUCACAAACGAUUUCACAAGAGAAGAAACGCGACGUAACUGUGCCAAUGUAAGACGAUUAAUAACGGGAAAUGAAAUUGUUGGUUCGAAAGACUAUCACACUUAUUUUCCUUUGGUGUAA